AAGUGUACGGACUGGAAGGGGGGGAAAGUGUCCGGACUGGAAGGGGGGGAAAGUGUCCAGACUGGAAGGGGGGGAAAGUGUCCAGACUGGAAGGGGGGGGAAAGUGUCCAGACUGGAAGGGGGGGAAAGUGUCCGGACUGGAAGGGGGGGAAAGUGUCCGGACUGGAAGGGGGGGAAAGUGUCCGGACUGGAAGGGGGGGGAAAGUGUCCGGACUGGAAGGGGGGGAAAGUGUCCGGACCGGAAGGGGGGUAAAGUGUCCGGACUGGAAGGGGGGGAAAGUGUCCGGACAGGAAGGGGGUGAAAGUGUCCGGACCGGAAGGGGUGAAAGUGUCCGGACCGGAAGGGGGUGAAAGUGUCCGGACCGGAAGGGGGGGGAAAGUGUCCGGACCGGAAGGAGGUGAAAGUGUCCGGACCGGAAGGGGGGGAAAGUGUCCGGACCGGAAGGGGAUGAAAGUGUCCGGACCGGAAGGGGGGGAAAGUGUCCGGACCGGAAGGGGGGUGUCCGGAAAAGGGGGUGAAAGUGUCCGGACCGGAAGGGGGGGAAAGUGUCUGGACUUGAAGAUGGGGGUAGAAGUGUCCGG